AUGAAGACUCUGCAACCGAAGAUGGCUGCAGCAACGCAGCAGCCAACUCCCUCAUCAUCGUCGUCGAACAACAUGCCGCCGCCGCCAUCGAAAGUUCCCGCAUCUCCGCCGAAUGCAAACAAGCCGACUCAUUCGGACAUGUUUCUCGAGAUGAUCCAAGGACCCGCCAUAACCGUCAUCGUCGGUCCCGACCCCACAGCACGGCAAUACACGCUCCCUAAGGCCAUAAUCGGCGUCCACUCGCUCUACUUCCGCAACGAGAUCGCUCGUUUAAACUCACUUCACGCGAGUACAAACGCCAACAAGAAGCGCAAACGCUCUUCAAACAUAGAGGAAACGACACUCAAAGAAGAAGAAGGAGAAGGAGAGACGAGCAAGGCCAUGGACGAGACAAGCGAGAAGAGAGACCUAGUCAUCCGACUUCCAGAUGUAGACGCCGUCAUCUUCGGAUUGUUCCUCAAGUACAUAUACCAAGGCUCGUAUCCAGCCAGCGUGGACUCAGUGUCCUCCACGAUGCAUCGUGUUUCUCCACUUACUCCCACAACAACGAUAACGCCAUCGCGUCACCCGCCCUACUCUUCUGUCCCGCAAACUCAGACUCAUACUCCUCCAGCACGCACUCCAAACCAAUCGCAUAUACCAGUGUCACAGAGCCUCAGCCCUCACCGCACAGCGCAAUCAAACCCUAUCCCGCCUUCAAUUCGCGCCUGGCUCCUCGCCCAACGCCUCGGCGCAAUGGGUUUCAUGAACCACGCGAUGAGCCGGAUCUUCGGGGGGAUAGGAUGCCAUUUCGCUCUUACGCCGUCGUUGCUCCAUUAUGUCUGGGCCGAGACUAGUCCUCCUUCUCUCGCCAACGCCCCAACGUCCACCACCGCGGCGCCCAGCACAUCCAUAUCAUCAGCACCAGACAUGCUGCGUGCCCCCAACGCAGUACUCACGCCUUCCCCCCUCCGCAAACUCCUCCUCGACGUCCUAGUCCUCCAAUGGCCGUCGCAGGCUACACACAUCAUUGCGAAAUCACCUGGUCUGAAUGCAACGUGGAAUGCGCUCUUUGACGCGCAUUUGGAUCUGCGGCGGGAGUUUAUUUUUGGGUUGCAGGGUGGGGGCAACUUGAUGCCUGUUCAGGGGUACUUUGCUUCUGCUUCUGCUGCGCCGGUGGCGGUGGGUCAGGGGUCUUUAGGUCAAGGGGAAGGUCAGAGUGCGGUUGCAAAAAAAGGUGGUGAGGGAGAUGGAGAGGCAGGGUGUGGGCGGGUAGUGGUGAAGAAAGAGGGUGAUGCCGGUGCUGAAGGAGAGGUGAAGAGUGCGUGA